AUGGCCAUCAAAGUCUACGGCAAUCAAGGCUCGACUUGUACUCAGCGUGUGCUCACCACUCUGUACGAGAAAGACGUCCCAUACGAGCUCAUCGUCAUUGAUCUCGCAAAGAGAGACAAUAAGUCCGAGAAGUACAUGGAGCUGCACCCGUUUGGCAAAGUCCCGGUACUCGACGAUGAUGGAUUCAUCGUGUUCGAGAGUAGGGCCAUCGCCAAGUACAUCGCGAAGAAGUACGCCAGUCAGGGCACUCCAUUGAUGCCUACUGACGGUGACACGAAAGCAUACGGAUUGUUUGAACAGGCGUGCUCAAUCGAGGAGUUUUACUUCAAUCCGCCCACAUCUGCUAUCACCUUUGAAAAGGUUUUCAAGGCGUAUGAGUUCUUUCCAUCCUAA